ACUGCACGGGAAGCGGAAGUGAGGUAAAAAGCAGUGAGGAAGCGAAAAGAACUGAACUGAAGAACUGCGUGCUCAACAAAUGCCGCGACAUUUCUAACCCUAGCCUGCCCGUUUUUAACACCGUAGAACCUCUGUCACCAUGCUAGAUCUGUUCACCAUCUUCAGUAAGGGCGGGAUCGUCCUCUGGUACUUCCAGGGGGUGAACCAAGUCCUGACGGAGCCGGUCAACGCGCUCAUCAAGACCGUCAUACUGCAGGAACGUGGGAAUGUCAGCUCCUUCCAGCACGGCUCCCUCACACUGGAGUACAAACUGGACAACGAGUUCGAAUUGAUAUUUGUGGUUGCGUAUCAAAAGAUACUUCAGUUGUCGUAUAUUGACAAGUUUAUCGACGAUGUUCGUCGGGAGUUUCGCGACAAAUACGCGCAGGACCUCCGGGACGGACACGUCAUGCGAGACUUCGACUUCACGGAGGAAUUCCAGCGACUCCUGAAGAAGGCAGAAGCCUCCGCUAAGAACCAAGCGAAGCAGCCGAGGCAGAUGAGGACAUUCGAGGAGUCUCAGAAGUCCCAGAAGUCUGUGGCCUCCCUCAAGGUCGACAAGAAGAAGGAGAAGGAAAAAGAAAACGUGGGGAAAAAGAAAGGGAAGACUCCCGCUGAACCAGCUGCACCAGCCGCUGUUAUCAACGGGGGGACUGUGAACUCAGGAGGGGGAGGGGGUCAGACCGGAGGGGGAGGGGUGGGGCAGGACACCAUCCUACGCAACCGAGAGGAGUUCUUCAAGAAAAUGACGGGGAAGGGAGGCAAGAAGAACACGGGAGCCUCCCCCAAACCUGAGAAGGAGAAGAAGAAGGGAAAAGCCCCGACCAAGUGGGCCAACGGAGGCUCCUCCAAGGACGCCAAGAUCCUGGACUUCAGCGGAGACAAGGAGAGCAACGGGAGCAUGGCUGGGGCCGGGGAGGAGGACCUGGGGGAUGCUGAGCGUGCCUGGGUGGGGUCCAUGAGUGGAGAGCUGAAGAGCGUCGGAGAUGUGUACGAUGAUGAUGAUGAUGAUGAAGAGGAAGAGGAAGAAGAAGAGAUUCAGCAGCAGCACAGUAAGAAGUCCAGUGGUUUCGGGGUGUUCAACAUGUUCAAAGGUCUGGUGGGGCAGAAGACCAUCACUGCGGAGGCCAUGGCUCCGGUACUGGACAAGAUGAGAGAUCACUUGAUCGGUAAGAACGUAGCCGCCGACAUCGCUGACCAGCUGUGUACUUCAGUAGCAACCAAGCUGGAGGGGAGAGUCCUCGGUACCUUCAGUGGCGUGACGUCGACCAUCCGGCAGGCGAUCCGAGACUCCUUGGUGCAGAUUCUGACCCCGAAACGCCGAAUCGACAUCCUGCGAGACGUGAUGGAAGCCAAGAGCCAGAACCGCCCGUAUACCAUCACGUUCUGUGGGGUUAACGGGGUGGGCAAGUCUACCAACCUGGCCAAGAUCUGUUUCUGGUUGGUGGAGAACGGUUUCCGUGUGCUGAUCGCGGCGUGCGACACGUUCCGGGCCGGCGCGGUGGAGCAGCUUCGGACGCAUGCCCGGCGCAUGGCGGCGCUGCACCCGCCUGAGAACCACGGCGGUGUGAAGAUGGUCCAGCUGUACGAGAAGGGAUACGGCAAGGACGCGGCCGGCAUCGCCAUGGAGGCCAUCAACUUCGCUCGUGAGCAGCACAUAGACGUGGUGUUGGUGGACACGGCCGGCCGCAUGCAGGACAACGAACCUCUCAUGAGGGCUCUGUCCAAGCUGAUCAAAGUGAACCAGCCUGAGCUGGUGCUGUUUGUAGGUGAGGCCCUGGUAGGGAACGACUCUGUGGACCAGCUCACCAAGUUUAACCAGGCGCUGGCAGACUUCAGCUCCAUGGAGAACCCCAGACUCAUCGACGGUAUCCUGCUCACCAAGUUCGACACCAUCGACGAUAAGGUGGGAGCGUCCAUCUCGAUGACCUACACGACCGGCCAGCCCGUGGUGUUCGUGGGGACCGGCCAGACCUACACCGACCUCAAGGCUCUCAACGUGCAGGCCGUGGUGAACGCUCUCCUCAAGUAACCUGGCAACAAGCCUGGUUACCUGGCAACCAGCCUGGUUACCUGACAACAAGCAUGGUUACCUGGCAACAAGCAUGGUUACCUGGCAACCAGACUGGUUACCUGGCAACAAGCAUGGUUACCUGGCAACAAGCCUGGUUACCUGGCAACUGGCCUGGUUACCUGGCAAUGAUCCAUGUAACCUGGCAACCAACCGUGUAACCUGGCAACCAGCCCUGUGAACGUCCUGCCUUCACUGCCGUAGCUCAUAUUAUAAACUGUUACCAUCACUAGUAGCAAAGAUAAAGACAUUAUAAUGAAAGGAUACCUCUUAAUGUUCGUACUAUAUUUAUGUUCAGUUAGUUAUGUGCAACAUUUUAAUGUCAUUGCAUCCGAGCUGAAAUAAUGUCAAAUGAAGCAAUAUCAGAUAGUGAAAUCUCAUAAAAAAACUUAACUUUGUCUCAAAGAAGAACCGUCCAACAUUGCCAAUGCCGUCGGCUAAUUCUGAUGAUACAUGUACUACACAUCAUCAAUACUACAGGUUACAUGAUAACACUAGUUAAGUCUGUUAAUUGGGAACGUCGACAAUAUCACGUUUAAUCUUGAAGUGAAUCUGUCAGAUGCAAAUGUACGACAGGACAAGCGAUGUUCUGUUCCUUCCAUUCCUUUAUGUUGCUGAUUUUAAGCAGUUGUGAAAAGAUGAGAUGUAAGUAAGAUAGAGCGGCAGGAUAUGAAAACCCUUCCAAAUGAUGGGGCUGAAAUUUUGUAUGAAAAAAGUUGAAAUUAAAGCAAAGAUAUGCAAAAUAAA